AUGAGCGCUCUGCGUCCGAUAGUACGAUAUGAUUUACUUAUGUUCUCUUCUUAUUUAUCAAUAAAAAGUUUAUACAAAAAAAAAAAACUUGGUUUUGAAGUAGCUUUUACACUAACACUGCAAUUCGUCGUAAGUGGUUCGCUGAAAUUAAAUCCCUAUUUAUCGUAUGAUAUUGCCGUUAAACAAAAUUCAGUAAACAAAACACGUAUUGAUGCUACUGGAGUUCUAUCGGGUCAUCUUGAUACAACUGUGCAAGCAACAUUAGGAAUUAUCAUAGAAGGAAUUAGCAUUGACCCGAAACAUACCUCACCCACAUAUACAUUGUAUCAAUUUGCAAAGAACCUUCUCUCAAGUGUAAUCUGUAAGUAUAUAUCCCAAGCAAAAAUUUUCUAUGGAGAGGAGCUAGCUCCAGCAUAG